CGAUACGUUGCUAAAUUUGUGUACAAGAUAAGCCUGCCGCUGUGAUAUACGCAAGAUGUCUUAAGGUUGCUGGUAGAUCAAAUAUUUUUGAGGGAUUAGUUGCUAAAAUAACUUAAAGUAAAAAUAAUUAGGAAAAAUUGAAAGUCGAACAAUAUUUGAUCGUAAUGUUUGUUACUUAAACUUAAAGUAUAAUAAUACAUUUAUCACUGAUAUAUGAAGUGUUUUAUCAUAUCGUAGAGAGCAUUUUUUUGCAUUAAUGAUUAAAUCUUUAGUGUAUAGAAAACAUAGAAAUCAUUGCAGUUCAGUGAUGGAAAAAUAUGAAAAAAUUACAAAAAUUGGUGAAGGAUCAUAUGGUGUUGUAUUUAAAUGUCGCAAUCGUGAAACUGGACAACUUGUAGCUGUCAAAAAAUAUGUGGAAACAGAGGAUGAUCCACUGAUUAAGAAAAUUGCAUUACGAGAAAUACGAAUGCUGAAGCACCUGAAACAUCCCAACCUGGUGAACUUGAUUGAAGUGUUUCGCCGUAAAAGAAAACUGCAUAUGGUGUUUGAAUAUUGUGAUCAUACUGUCUUGGAUAUUUUGGAGAAAAAUCCUAGAGGAGUUCCAGAUCAACUAACUAAGCGUUUAAUAUGGCAGACAUUACAAGCUGUGAACUUCUGCCAUCAACACAAUUGCAUACAUCGUGAUGUUAAACCUGAAAAUAUUCUUUUAACCAAAGAGGGUAUAGUGAAGCUGUGUGAUUUUGGCUUUGCUAGGACAUUAAGCCCUGGUGAAAACUACACUGAUUAUGUGGCCACUCGGUGGUAUCGAGCUCCUGAAUUAUUAGUAGGAGACACACAGUAUGGACCAGCUGUAGAUGUGUGGGCCAUUGGUUGUGUUACAGCAGAGCUGAUGAGAGGAGAGGCCUUGUGGCCUGGGAAAUCAGACGUGGAUCAACUUUACCUGAUCAGAAAGACCUUAGGAGAUUUAAUUCCAAGGCACAUGCAGAUUUUUAGGUCUAAUAACUUUUUUGCUGGGGUCAAUAUACCAGAGCCAGAAGUCAGGGAUAGUUUGGACAACAAACUCCCAAAAUUUAUUGAUGACAGUGGUUUAGAUUUUCUAAAGAAAUGUCUUGACAAAGACCCCCAGAAAAGGUAUACAUGUGAAGAACUGCUAAAACAUCCUUACUUGAGUCAAGUUAAAAUCUCAGACUUCGAGACAGAAGGCAGUCAUAUAAGACUGAAGAGAGAAAAGUCCAAAAAUUCCCAGCACCAAACGCUGUUACCACAGCUUCCUGGAGCCAACACUCCAGAAAUUAAAGGAGGAAACAGCUAUUCAAAUAGUCACAGGUUUUACCACUUGCCAAAUAUCUGAUGAUAUAGUGAAGGGGGCAGUCAUCAACAGGAAGAUUAAAUUAGAUAGUGGUACAAAAGAUUGCUGGAAGAGUAUCUGUAUAUACCUGACUACUUGUAAUGUGCAGUUGGAAUUUAUUUUAGAGUGUAUAAUAUUGUAACUACAGCUUUUAACAAUAAAUUUUAAUAAAUUUGACUAAAAACUAAAAAAAUCAAUUUAAUUGAAUUAAACAUCUUUAGUGUUUUGAAUUAUAGAUAUUUCAGCAAAUGGGCAGCUUCCUGAUAAGUUUCAUAAAAUUUACAAGUAAACUCCUAUAAAAAAUAGCUGUGUAAAGAGUAAAGCUUUUUACAAAUAAAAUUUCAGUAGCUACCACAAUCAUGUGUUGAUUAACUUCUAAACAAUAUAGUCUAUAUAGGUAUUUUUUCCUCUGCUUAAAUUGUACUUCAUUCUAUAAUUUUGAAAUGAAAUCAUGUAUUUAUUAAUGUUACAAUUUCAAGUAUUUAAAUAGCUUUUCCUCAUUUGUUUAUUGUGGAAAAAUUAAAAUUUAGAAGCGAAACAUGUAUUUUUUGAAAACUGACUAUUUAAAGUAUGUGAGAAUGUAUAUCAAGUAGUUAUAAAACUUAUUUGUCCUAUUGCAAAAUACGCAGUACUGAUAUUUGUAUUUUGGAGAGUACUUUUUGUCUUUGGAAAAUAUUUGAACGUUAUAAUGGGCAUUAUUAUUAACGUCUGACAAUAUCAUUUAGUAGAAAAUUAAUAAUUCUAAUUAAGUAACUUUCUUAAGUAAUUGUAUUAUCAUUCCUUAUACUUAUCACUUUAUAAUUAGCUGUAAAAGUAUAGAUAUACUUCUUGAAUGGGAUAAUUAUCAAUCAAUAUUUAAAAAACCAGCUCACACCAUUAAUAUAUAUAUAUAUCUAAUUCUUUGAUUUAAAAAAUGUAACAUGCUAUGUAUUUUUUUUACUGUGCUUAUGGUAUGGUUAAUGUAUUAUUCCAUGGUUGCUAUAUGGAUAAUUAAAAGCAAGUAAGGAGAAUGCUCAUGUAAAAAACAACAGUUCAUUGUUUGGUAAGGUAUUUCAUCCUUUCUCUUUUUUCAUGUGUGAAGUCUUUUUUUAUAAACAGUGCAUGCAAAAUAUAAAAAUAUCACAACUUUGUAUACACAAUUGAUCAACUACUAGGAUUAUUCAAUAACUAUAUAGUUUGAUCUCAUAUUUACUUUGUUAGUAGUUUGCAGAGAAGGAUAUUUAUCAUUGUAACAUCAGAUAAUAUAUUUUUUCAUGUUUCACAUUGUUAGUAUGAUUACACACUUCCUGUGUGUAUUGUGUUUAAAAAUAAGGUUUUGAAUAGUAUGUAAAGUUCAUCUGCAGGUUGUCUUAACUGUUCUACUUUCUGUUGAGACAAGCUAAGAAAAUUUAAUAGGACAAAACACUUCAAUUCUGAGAAAAUUCUGUCCAAAAAUGUUUAUGUUACUCAUUUAAAAGCCACAUUAUCUUCUUGUUUUUGAAAACAGAAAUUUUAACCAUUAUAUGUGAAUUUUUGUAUAGGUACAAUAAAUUUUGUAUAAAACACAGAGUUGGUGUUACACAUGCAUCUUAUUACUAAUUUCCAUAAACUUACCCCACAAUUACCAAAGUUUUUAUUUUUAUCUGCGUAUUUUUAUGGCAAGAAAGUUUGUGAUGGGCAAAUUAUAAAUGUUAAAUGAGAUUUCUUAUAAAUCAGCUACUUCUUGUAUUGUAUACAGUUUGGGGUGGUCAUUUUAUAACUUUUAUAUCACCAAUUGCUUCUAACCCAAAUGCCUCUUAUUCAGUAGGUCAGUAUGUUUUGGAUCAUUAGCUCACUGAUACUUGAAACCAGUGCCACUUAAACAUCUUCAGUUGGGUAUUGUAUCACAAACAGAGAUGUUGUGAUAAAUGGUCAUUUGUUUAUAAUGCCAACAAUUCUGACAGUAUCUUCCUUUCCUGCAGAAAAAAAAGGACAGUCCCUACUAUCACAUAGUCACCACCAUAUUUCACUGUUUGUUUACACACACUUGCUGAAACUUGUCAUCAUUACACCUCUGAAACUCUUUCAGAUUCCAAAAAAAUCUCAUUCUUAGUUUUUAAAAUCUAUAGGAUGUUGUUUGUUAUUUUAAUUUUUGUGAUAUUUUCAAAUCAUCAAACAGUUCAACAUCUCCAUGUGUAAAAUAUUAGCCAUUUUAUGUGUAACUUUCUCUUGUAUAUCAAUUGCUUACAAGCAUUUCUGUUGCUGACAUUAACCCCCUUACAUAUUGUGUAUUUUUUCAUUUAACUCUAUGGAUGUUUUGAAUUAAUCUGAUUUUUAAACCUUUUGAAUGACAUUGUCUUCUGAUCUGGAUUUCCAUCUGGAAUGUUAUUAAACUCCUAGUUGCAACAAAAUGCUCUAAUGCACUCUUUGAAACACUAAUUUUUAAUCAAUAUACAUUGAGCCUUCUUUUCAUUAUGUAAAGUGUUAACUUGUGUCCCUUUCUGUGCUUAUCUUAUCUAUUUGUGCUUAAAUGUAGUCAUUUUAAAACCUUUUAAUAUAAAGUGCUAACUACACUGGUAAUUUAUUGGAGUUAACUCAAUUAAAACAAAAGUAUUGGCAAUUUAGAACAGGUAUAAAGAUAAAUGUGUCAAUAUGGAAACAUGUUUCUAUGGAUCAAGCUCACUCAGUCAACAAUUAAUUAUGCCUAUUAAUUGAUUUAUAUUUACGUUGUGAAAAUAUUUACCAAAUGAAUAACUUGUUUUAUUGUCUACAAAACUGUACGUGGACAUAACACGGAAGAGGACAUCAAGAUAGACAUUGUUAAUUAAGUUGUCAAAAGUGGUUCCUAUUCUUGCAGGAUUUGGUAGAACAAUUAACAGUUUUUUUUUUUCUUAUGGACUAAGCCUUAUGACCAGUAUGGUAUUUUAGUUGGUAUUUAAUAUAUACCCAUACCUUUUCUGUAUACACUUUACAAGAACAUUAAA